UCAGGCAGAGGAACUCCUCGGAGACUCUCCAGCCCUGCUCAUCACCUCCAGGUCACCUCCACCUCCACCUUCACCUCUCACCAUGUCUCUCUCUCUGGGCCGCCAGAGCAGCAGCAGCAGCUACAGCUCCCGCAGCAUCUCCAGCAGCAGCGUCAGCAAAGGGAUGCAGCUGGUCGGAGGCGGACAGACCCGCAUCUCCACCAGCAGGAUCUUCCAGGACCGCGCACCCAGCAUGUACGGAGGCGCGGGAGGUUCCGGGACACGCAUCUCCCAGUCCUACUCGAUCUUCUCCUCCGGGGCGCAGAACGGGGCGUUCAACGAGUCCGCAGUGAUCAGUAAUGAGAAGUUCACCAUGCAGAACCUCAAUGAUCGCCUGGCCUCCUACCUGGAGAAGGUGCGCUCCCUGGAGGCAGCCAACAGGACGCUGGAACUGCAGAUCAGAGAGUACUAUGAAAAGAGAGCUCCUAGUGUCUCCAAAGACUACAGCGCCUACUUCGCCACCAUCACUGACCUUCGAGCUCAGAUAAUGAAGAGAUAUGCAGACAAUCAACGCAUCAUCCUGCAGAUUGACAAUGCUCAACUGGCUGCAGAUGACUUUAGAGUGAAGUAUGAGACGGAGCUGAACCUGUGUUCCAUGGUGGAGGCCGACGUGCUGCGUCUCCGAGGGGUCCGGGACAGCAUGACUCUUGCCAUCAGUGACCUGGAGGUGCAGAUCGAAGGCUUGAAAGAGGAGCUGGUGUAUGUGAAGAGAACCCAUGAGGAGGAGAUGACUGCGCUGAGGGCCCAGCAGACUGGCUCGGUCAAUGUAGAGGUGGACAGCCCAGCGCCUGUUGAUCUGACAGAAAUCUUGCGGGAGGUGAGGGAGCAGUAUGAAGGUCUGGUGGUGAAGAACAAGCAGGAACUGGAGAAAUGGUUCCAAUCCAAGGUGGCUACUCUCCAAACAGAAAUCUUGCAAUGUACAACUGAGGUGAAGACCUUUUACACUGAGCUGUCAGAGCUGAAGAGGACCUACCAGAGUUUGGAGAUAAGUCGACAAAGCGUCCUCACAGAGAUUCAGUGCCUUCAGCAGAAUUUGGAAGAGGUGAAGAGUCGAUACAGCGUUCAGCUCAGCCAGCUGCAGAUGACCAUCAAUAUGCUGGAGACAGAGCUGCAGCAGCUUAAAGUCACCCUGGAGCAGCAGCAGAGCGAGUACAACCUGCUGCUGGACAUCAAGAUGAGGCUGGAAAUGGAGAUUGCUGAGUACAGGAGGCUGCUGGAUGGAGAGCUGCGUGAGAGGGGGCUGUACGAACAAAAGAAGGCCGUGGUCAUCAGCAAGGUUGUGGAGGUGGAAGAGCAAAAACCUCACAUCGAGAGGAGAGUGAAGACCAUCGUGGAGGAGAUAGUUGAUGGGAAGGUGGUGUCCUCCACUACGGAAACCCAGGUGGAGGACAUCCAGUAACACCUCGGCCCACCUCUGCUGACACUAAACUUACAUUUUAAUGGUAAUUUGUAAUUUCAAGUUGGCUGUAUACCUGGUAUAUGAUAGUUCCCUAAAGUGGUUUUAAGGGGUGUUUCUUGUGAUGAUCUUUCCUUGACGGAUGCUCACUAUGAAAAGUAUGAAAACAAAAUAUGAUCAAAAUGCCAGAAUGCACAGAUGACGACAUGAAUUAUUAAUCUUAAAUGUGUUUUACGACUCAGAAAGCUGUAUUAUAGUUUGUGCCUAGAUUUUAAAUUUGCAAAUUUUUAUUUUUUUUUGGACAUAUGUAAAACACAGGAGUUGUAAAAGGGUCAAGAUUCAAGAUGUUUUAGGUCAUGCAAAGAAAAUGAUUAAAGCUCAGUAUUGUUUUGUUGUCUGAGCUCAAGGUUAGUGUCUCUUAUAUUUUCAAAAUGAUAACAAUACACCAAAAUAAAGCAGUCUGAUUCUAAGUAAA